AUGGAGCCUCUGUUUGAAGAGUUCCGCAAUGCCUACAAGACUCGGUCUGGGUACUCUCUUGCGCAGACACUUCAGCCAUUCAGUCCAGUCAACAAGCCGGACAAGCUACGGUCCAUCUAUCUGAGCACCAAUGUCCAAGAAGCCAAGAGUGACAUCAAGUACAUGCUCCUCGGUCGGGGCUCGGGAUCUAAGAAAUUCAAGCUCGAUCAUGAGGAGACUACGGGCUGGGUAGAAGUCUACACAGCGUACUGGAAAGCCAUUGGCGAGAUCCUCAAAGUAGAGGGCGACUCCGCUGCUGGAGGUAGGUCUUCAUCAUGGACCAAGGUGUAUGAGUCUUGGAAGGAAUUCACCACCGCUCUCAUCCGAGGCUACACUAAUUAUGGCUUCGAGGCGUGGACGAUUCCGUGCCUCUACCUUGCUGGCAAGCAUUUGCGACUCUUCGCCAUCAGCUCAGACGAAGAGCGGAGCACCACCGAUGCCACUGCUGACGCAAUGGAGCUUGCUGACGACUACGAUCCGGACUUGGAGAAGCAAAAGCAGCUGCGCGACUGCGAGCAGCAGCUCAAGCGUAUCUUCACUCUGUGUCUGAGCGAUAGAGCACCUCUCGAAGAAUCAAGAAAGUGGGCUAUUUACUACAUCAUCAACUUGCUCUUCAAGACCUACUUCAAACUCAAUUCGGCAAGUCUGAGUCGGACAAUCCUGAAGGCGUUGUCCACGAACCGUGGAGACAUGCCGCCCCUGGAAGCAUUCCCCAAGUCACAGCGGGUGACAUUCAAGUAUUACGAGGGCGUGCUCUUCUUCUUGGAGGAGAACUAUGUUGAGGCCGAAAAGCACCUCACAGAGGCAUGGUCCCUGUGUCACAAGGAUGCGAAGAGCAACCAAGAGAGAAUUCUCACCUAUCUAAUCCCAUGCCAUCUCCUCACCACACAUACCCUGCCCAGCAGCAAACUCCUUGAGCCCUACCCGCGGCUGCAAAAACUCUUUCUCCCACUGUCGCAGUGCAUCCGCAAAGGCGACUUGCGCAACUUUGACCUAGCUCUACAAGAAGGCGAAGAGGAGUUCGUCCGCCGCAGAAUCUACCUUACGUUGGAGCGCGGUCGCGAUAUUGCCCUGCGCAACCUAUUACGCAAAGUCUUUGUCGCCGGUGGCUUCGAAGAGGCGAAGGAAGCCGGCACCGCUCCCGUUCGUCGGACCAGAGUCCCAGUCGCCGAGUUCACAGCUGCUAUCAGCCUUGGUAGCCAGGAGACUGUUGACCCAGACGAGGUUGAGUGCCUGCUGGCAAACAUGAUUUACAAGAACCUCAUGAAGGGCUACAUCGCCCGCGAGCGCGGCAUCGUCGUCCUCUCCAAGAACGGGGCGUUCCCCGGAACAGGGGUUUAG